UCUUUGUCACAUACUGUUAAGAGAACACAAGUUAGAAGUUUUCAGUUCUUUAUUUCAUUCUAGUAACAGUGUGGAAAGUGGAAUAUUGCAGAUUUUCAUCCCCUCAGAAAAUACAAGACAGAACUGUAAACUGGCACUUAACAACUUGCCAAGGUAAGAAAACCAAUAAAAUGAAAGCAACAAUCCAAUGUGAACACCACAUUUUCAUCUUUUUUAUUGGAAACCUUUUUCUCAUGACUGCUCAGACACAGACAACAAACACAAACUUAGCAAACAGCAACAGAGUAACAAAUUCUGCAGCACAGAAUCAGAGUUCAGUGGAGAAAACAGCGACACCAGAAGCACUGAACAAAGAAACUAGGCAUGAAAGUGCUACUGAUGUGGGGUAUACAACAGAGAUAAUGGAUCCUUCCACAGGAAAAGCUUUAAAUUCAGGAUGGCACUUAUCAACUGUGUUAAAUCCAACAUAUAAAACCCAAGAUAAUAGCAUAAAUACAAGCAAGAAGCCUAUAAAUGCAACGUCUGGAGAAAAGCAUUAUUUUACCAAAACAAACAUAACACCAACUGAGAAUGUCCUAAGAGUGACCAGCACAAUAACUUCUACAUUCCACAACCUUUUGAAACAUUCCACAGGAAAUACUGAAACGUCACUCAUAAAAACGAAAAUGCAAACAAAUUAUACAGUUCAUCCACCGAGACUACCUACAACAACAGUCUUUAGAACUAAGGAUAACAGGGAAGAUAACAAGACCCUAUGCCUAGAAAAAACUAACAAAAGUGAACUAGUAAUAUGUUUAAUUAUAAUAGGAGUAUUAGCAAUAUUAUGUACUGUUCUGUUAAUAUCUACUGUUGUUCUGAAAAAUCAACUGUCUAAUUUUAAGAAAGCAAAUCAUAAAGUGCGCCAGGCAAGGAGUAAUGCUGAUUUUCUUACCCGUACUAGCCUAUGGCCAGCUGGAUCUGACACCUGGAAUAUGAGGUCCAAUUUAUCAGAAUCCAGCACAAUGCUGGAAGAAGUCGACCCCAAAACAGUCACUCUAGAAAAUAUGCAUGCAAGACAAAAAGAAACUUCUAUCAACACAGAUGGGAACAAACACACAAAGGAAAGCAAGGCAGUGGAAGUUGAGAGAGGACAGACUAAUGCUUCUGCAAGUUUUGUGCUUGAAAUUUAAAUACUAAUAAGACAGAAUAUAAAUUCCAGCAUACUUCAUAGUCAGCGCACAGAACAAGCUGUUGCAUAAUACUGAAAAAAAUUACCAGCACCAUAUGAAAGUAAAAGUUUUGCAAAAAUAUACAGCUCAGUGCUAUUAUUUAGCAAUGAGAUUAAUGUGAUUACCUAUACGUAUUUGGAAUUAUUUUGUUCAGAAUGUAUAUAUGUCUGCAGAAUCCUUAUCAGCAAUUCAAAAAAGUUUUUUUUUAAAUUAAAGGCUGUAAUCUGCUGCUUUUUAACUGAAACCUGCACUAAAUUGUUACUGACGUCCUCUUGCAACAAUAUAUUUUUAAGUACUA